AUGUCUGCACUGCAAGGCAGAACUUGCUUUGCUGCCCAGAAGAUCUCUCUGACCCGUCAGGCGCUGCAGGGUUUGCGGACAAUACAGAAGAAAAAAUUCUGCCAUCAAAAUUGCGUACCAAACUUGGUUGCCGGCACCGUUUUGGCAGAACCGAAGCACAUGGUUCCCAUCAGCCGCGGCAUGUUAUCCUCUUGCGGGGAUUGGGCAAUGCACACUACCAUCACUGAAAGUCUGGGGAGGACUAGGAUCAUCAUGAAAUAUGGCUUGAUUGGGCUCUGCUAUGGGAAAAGCAAUCAUGGUAUCAUCAUCAGACUUAUUGUGGCGAUUAGCUGA